UACCAGUAAACAUUCCUCCAUGGGUCAAACUUACUGCUGAGAGUAUUAAAGUCUUUUCCAGUUCCGGCUCUGUGAAAGUGUUUCUGAAGUCUCUAAUUGUUCUGGCAAGUAUGGAGUAUGCUAAAACAUUAGUUCCUACAUCUUUAAUGAGGUCUGUGUCGACAGUACAGACCUCUCUUGCUCAGCGAAUGCUGAACCCUCCACAGCCCCGUCCAUACAGGGUGUGCACACAGAGCCGCCAAAGGAGGAAAGGCUUCACAGCCACCUCUCUCGGAGACCUUAUGGACAAGGUGGCCAGUUCUUUCUUGAUGACAUGUCAUUUCCUGAUGCUGGUGCUAGAGGAUGAUGGGACAGUGGUGGACACUGAGGCCUUCUUUCAGUCUCUGCCCACUAACACUCUGUUCAUGGUCCUAGAGCAAGGGGAGGUUUGGACCCCCAAUAAACAGGUUCUGCCAAGUUUCAGACAGCCAAGGAGAAAUGGGAUUGCCAAGCUGAGCUUUCACCUGUACAAACUCAACGCACAGGAUUUUCUGGGAUGCCUGACCGUUAAAGCCACAUUCUAUGAGAUAUAUACAUUGUCAUAUGACAUCAAGUGCACCAGAGCCAAGUACUUUUUGAAGUCUCUACUGCGAUGUUUCAUGUACAUGGCCAGAGUAGCCGGUCAGGUUCUUCUCUGUGGCUCCACACAAGUGCUGCGCUAUAUUGGAGAAGAGGAAUGCUGCAGUUAAACAUCACCCGAUUAAAAAUACUGCAGUUAAAUAAAUAAAUACAAAUCAAUUCUGCACUUAUGAAUGCUUUUUUUUUUUGCUGAGUGAUAUAAAUGCUUAGACA